AUGUUCUUGCUCAUUUAUAUUUAUAAUGCAUUUGCCCUUUAAGAUUGCUAAUAAUAAUAUUUAGAUUGUUUUAAUCAGGUAAAUUGUAUUAUAAAAGACUGUGAAGCAUUGUUAUUUGUAUAAACUGCCUGGAACUUUGAAAAUAUUACUAUGACAAAUGUUGUCUUUAGCAUUGUAAAUCAUUAAUCUUCAGUUGAAAAAUAUUCAUUAAUAAGCUAAAUUAUGACUAUAUAAUCUUCAACAUUUUAAUAAAAUAUCGGUGAGAAUUUAGUAGAUUUAGCAUUUCAAGGAUAAUAAAUAGUAUUCUAAGAUGUAGUAUUUGUAUAUUUUGAAAAAGUUUAAUUUAAAGCAGAAAACUUAUUAUUGUAGGAUGUCAGAAUGAAUACAAAUCUUCUAAUGAUUUAUUCUAAUUAUGUUGAAUUGGAACAUUCUAUAAUAUAAUGUCAUAUAUAAAAAUGUCUUGGAGAAGAUUGCUUAUGUAAUCAAGGCUAUUGUAAUUCAAGUUCAAUUAAAGAUAUUAAAUCUUUUUAGAGAAUUCCUAUUGAUUUAGAUGAUAAUUUCACUCUUGGAAUUGCUUCAAAUGAAGUAUAUCUAUAGAAUACAUCAUUAUAUGGAAGUAGUAUUGGUAUUUAUGCCAAUUAAUCUAAUAUAACAAUAGAUUCAAAGUCUUUAGUUUAUACAACUGGUUUAGGAUGUAAAGAAUAAUAAGGAUAUGGUUGUGGUUUCUAUGAUUGGAUGCUUUCAUAUACUCUUAAAUGUGGAUCAUCUGGAGGAAGCUAUGGUGGUUUUGGUGGAAGACCAACAUCAGAAGUGAAUGAUUUUAAUGAAUAAUGUCAAAAACUAAUACCAAGAUAAGUUUAUGGAAAUCCUUUCAAUCCCUUAUUUGAAGGUUCUGGUGGAGGAGGCAAUUACUUUGGAGGAUAUGGAGGAGGUGUUAUCUACUUUUAAAGUGUUAACAUUAUAAUAGAUGGAGUUAUAUAAGCUGAUGGUGGAUCAUCUUAGAGAGAUGAUUCUAUUAUUUAUGGUGGAGGUUCAGGUGGAUCAAUUUAAUUAAGAGGAAAAUUGUAUGGAAGAGGAAUUGUGUCAGCUGAAGGGGGUUAAGGUUCUAAAAUUAGUGGAGCAGGAAGUGGAGGUAGAAUAUUUCUAGAGGAUCCCAUGAAUCAUAAUUUAUAAAUUAGAGCAGGGAUAAAAUCUUUAUAAGGAACAAUAUAUUAUAAUGAAUGUCCUUAAGGUUAUGGAAUAGAUAAAAGAAAUUCAAAAUGUACUUAAUGUCCUUCAGGAUUUUAUACUUAUUUAUCUAGUGUUGGAGAAUGUAAAAGAUGCAUUAAUUAUGAUGAAGAUGUUAAUAAGUAUGAAUUAUCUAUUAGUCCUAUAUGUAAAAUUUAAUCUUGCAAACCAGGAAAAAUCCUAGAUAAAUAAUAAUGUGUUGUUUAUAAUUUUGUAAGAUAAUCUGGAGGUGAAGUUGUACUUUUUAGUAUUAUUUUCUUUAUUGGUUUAUUGGUCAUUAAUUUCAUUGUAUUCCUUUGUUUACAAUAGAGAACUUCUAAUAACAAAGUGAAUAACUCUACAAUAUUAUCAUUAACAGAAAUUCAAGAGAAUCCAAAUCUAUAUGAAGCAGCAUCUGAAGAUCCCCAAUUUUUACCUGAAGAUCUUCCGUACUAUGUUAAAAGACUUUAUGUUUAAGGUAAUAAUACUCCAAAUACUCCUUGGCAUUUACCUCCUCAUACCUAAUUAGAUUAAUAUUAUAUAAAUAAUAUAGUUGAAAAUAUUAACUCUAUUGGGAAAUAUUCAAAUAUUUAAAAAGUUUCUUUAUUGUUAUUAAAAAUAUGGUAUUUUCCUUUUUACUUUAUAUUAUUAAAGUACUAUUAAAAGAAGAAAUCUUAGCAAAUAUUAAGUUUUAUGUAAAAAAAUAAUAAAUUUAAUAUUUAUUGUCUCAAAAUAUCUUAUAGUUCAGAUUACACUUUAGCAUAUAUUGAUGUUUUAAAUUAUAAUAAUAAUAUAUUAGAUUGGAAUAAAUCAACUUAAUUUCCAAUAUCUUUAGUUUUAUAAGGUGAUGGUGAUUUCUUAUUUCCUUGGUAAAUCAAUUUAAAAGAUCCUUUAGUAAAAUCAAUGAAGAUGUCAUUUGAGAAAUAGAAGAUUUUUAUGCCAAUAGAUGAUGAAGAUUCAAAUGAAUUAAUAUCUGAAAAUGAUGAAGAGGAAAUACGUACAUUUGAUGAAUUUAUAUCAAAAUUUAACUUAUUAAUGUUAUAGAUAGAUACAAGAAAGGGAAAUGCUGAAUUUAUUAAGAAUUGUUUUUCUUUAUUUGAAUUUAUAGAUGAAAGUAAUAGUGAGAUUUUUAACAAAAAAUAAAUAUUAUUAGAUAUAUGUUUUCAUAUUUUAGGAAUUCAAUAAUCAUCUUUAAUUAUAUUGACUACAUAAAAACUUCUUGAUUUUUAAUAAACUUUAAGAGAACUUCAUUAUAUUGUAAAUUAUAAAUCAGAAUACUAGAUUAAAGUAUCAGUCAACUUUGAAAAAUAAGAUUUUAAUGUAAAGAGAUAUUAUGAUAAUUAAAUAAUAAUAAAUACAAUAAAUGAUAUAAAUAAAUAAAUAACAACAUAUUAAAGAUAUGAAGAAGACAAAGAAGAAUUAAAUAAUUUAAAAAUGUAAAUGUAAAGAAAAAUAGAAGCUGAUGGAAUACUUACACCAUUAAUAACUUAAAAAUUGGAUUUAGAAGAAGAAGAGGAUAAUAAUUUAUAAAAAAUUAAUAAAUGUAAUAUGUGGUGGCUUAGAAUUAAAAGAGCUAUCACAAUAACAUUUGCUUACUUUUUACGUUAUCGAGAUUUUAAAAAUGAAAGAAUGUUAACUUCAGUUUUGGUCAUUUUAUGCAUAAUUUAAAUUCCUCUUUAUGUUAUAUACUUAUUAGAAUUAAUAGUUGAUGUUUUAGAUAAAGCUAUUUUAGAAUAAAAAUACAUAUAUCAUUUAUAAGUUGUUGAGACUAUAGUUUAAAUAUCUUUAUUUCCAUUCUCAUAGCUUAUAACUGAAUUAGUAUUGGUGAUUUGGGUAAGAGUAUUAUAUUUAUAUGUAGUUAUUGAAUCCUUAAAAAAAAUAUUUUGGUAAGAACUUUUUAAUAUUUAAUUUCUGUUCCACUAUUAAUGAUAUGAUAUUAUCAUUGUUUGCCAUAAUAGAAUUUGCAAUAAUAACAAUCUAAAAUUUAGAUUCAGAAUAUUAUUUCUUUGCAUCAAUAAAGUUAAUUCUAUUUCUGAUCCAAAUUCUAUAAGGAUAUUUAGGGACUAAAUAUUUAACUCUUUGA